AUGCGGGCGCCACUCUGCCUGUUGCUGCUCGUCGCCCACGCCGUGGACAUGCUCCCCCUGAACCGAAGGAAGAAGCAAGUGGGCACUGGUCUGGGGGGCAACUGCACAGGCUGUGUCAUCUGCUCAGAGGAGAAUGGCUGCUCCACCUGCCAGCAGAGGCUCUUCCUGUUCAUCCACCGGGAAGGUAUCCGCCAGUACGGCAAGUGUGUGCAUGACUGUCCCCCCGGCUACUUCGGCGUUCGCGGCCAGGAGGUCAACAGGUGCAAAAAAUGUGGGGCCACAUGUGAGAGCUGCUUCAGCCAGGACUUCUGCAUCCAGUGCAAGAGGCGGUUUUACCUGUACAAGGGAAAGUGUCUGCCCACCUGCCCGCCGGGCACCGCGGCCCAGCAGAGCACACGGGAGUGCCAGGAGGAGUGUGAGCUGGGCCCCUGGGGCAGCUGGAGCUCCUGCACACACAACGGGAAGACCUGCGGCUCAGCCUGGGGCCUGGAGACCCGCCUGCGGGAGGCCGGCCGGGCCGGGCGGGAGGAGCCAGCCACCUGCCAGGUGCUGUCUGAGUCAAGACAAUGUCCCAUUCGGAGGCCCUGCCCAGGAGAGAGUAACCCCAGCCAGAAGAAGAGCGGGAAAGAUCGGCGCCCGCGCAAGGACCGGAAGCUGGACGGCAGGGGGGAAGGGAGGCCCCGCCCAGCGCCCGCCUAG